GACAAAGUUGGCCAAGUAGCAUGGUCUUACAGCCAUUAAACAAUCUUUCGCAUAUUGUGCGCGCGUAACAAGACGCAAUUAAUGAUGUCACUGAUCAGCUGAUACACCAUGUAGCGCACAUGCUCCUCGAUGUUGCUUCACACGUCUCACCUUAUGGAUAACGAGGUCUCUCCAAUUACUCGUUUAGUAUCUGGUAUCCUCUGGUUCCUGCGUAUGGUUGUUCUGGGUGUGACAAAAGUUGUCCAGGGUGCCUAUUUUGGAUGCCGCAAGCUUGCGUGGGGUGUUAGUCGCCAUGGUAGCCCUGCUGAGAGUGAGGAGUCCGUGAGCACACUGUGUGCGGAGGACUCUAUCGAGGGCCGUGACUCGGUUGACACGGAACCAGAAUCAUCCGUCUGCCAGUACUGUCCCUAUGGGUGCCAAGGCGCAUGCGCAUGCCCAGCCCUAGACAAUGACGUCUCUGAUAACGUCAGACAAGAGCUAUCUAGACGUAGAGCGGAAACCCUCUCGGCCACAAUCCUCGCUCAUCACGAGCGCUUUGCGCAGCUCAUAGCUGACGACGACCAGCUCGCCGUGACUGUCAUCAACAAAUUUUACCCUAUCCUCUCUAACGAUACGCGCGGCCUUAUGGGUAACGAGGACUUCCCGCAAGGCAUGUCGGGUACCGACGUGGAUGACACGCAAAGCACAUUGGGUAAUAAGGACAAUCCGCAAAGCAUAUCGGAUACAGAGUAUACUUCCAACUCUAUCGCUAGUAUGUUUAACUUGACACAUUAUAGUGAAGGGGAGAGUUUCCGGGCCAGGCGAACGUUCCGUCAAGUGCUGAGAAGGACAAAGCAGUCGAAAUAUCGUGAUCGAAGCAGGUCUUUCUAGUCGGGCAACGACAAACCGAAAACAGGGCGUGGCAAAGUCUUCCAUUUAAUGUCCCCCUCCCCCUGUCUAGGGUCGAGGCGAUACCGUUGUGUUGUUGUAAUGUUUAUUAUCAUAAUAAAUAUAAUCAUAACUGGUGACAAGAAGGCCUUCAGCCGGGGUCGGCAAGAUCUGUCUGUCCAAAGUAUCUGAAAAAGAGAAAUCGAGAAAACGAUACAUUUGAGCCCAAUGGGAAUUGCCUUAGCCAAUCAAAUUCUGUUUGUUACCUUGAAACCAGGGCGAUAAUCAGAUUAAGUGACGUCACAAGCUCAACAUUCUUCUCAUUCAUUGGCAUCUAAAAGAAAAGACAUUUGACGCAUUAGCAAUUAUUUGACAUAGUAAAGGAGAUUGGCUGAGACGUCGCGAACGUCAAAAUGUCAUAGGUCUAUUAGAAUAAAACGAAAAAGGCAGUUUUAAAUAAAUGAAUAAGCGAAUGUCCAAAUAAUCAAAAUAAUUGAUUUACUUUUACAGUGUGCUUGGCUUGUGAACGGCCAAGUCACCAUCAUGUAAGGGACAAUAAGUCUCUUCACGUGGUUUGCCGGCUAUGUAACGAUUCUCUUUUACUAAUUAAGCCUCUCUUUUAUCUUUAACCUCAACGUUCUGGUUUGCCUUCGUUGGUAUUGCUCGAUAAAUCAUAAGAAGGUCAGGACCACAUGAAUUUAGUGUACUAUAUAUAAAUCCAGCAUAUUCCCUUGUUACUGUAAAGUGCUUUUUGACUGACAAAUGCGGUAGCUACCAUGAAGGUUAGAGGCUUAAUCAAGUGUAUAUGAAUUCAACAUAUUCCCGUGUGUUUAAUAAAAAUAUUGAGUGUUCCCUU